UCAGAUGAUCUACCCGUCCAGUAAAACUGAACGGCCAGAUCGGCGCCUCUCCCUUCCUCUUCGCUGAAACCUCACAAUUCCUAACCCCCGAACCCAGAAGGCGAUCCAUGGCGGCGGCGGGUUGGCUCCGGCGAGCGGCAUCGGCGGCAGCGUUGCCUCGCCUGCCUUCCGGAUUCUCCCUCAUGCCAACCCCUCCUCCCGCUUCUCUUCCCGAGGCUCAGUCUCUCGUGCUCCCCGGACUUGGCGCCGCCAUCGCCCCCGCGAUGGAACUCAUGGCCGUCCCCAAGAAGAAGAUCUCAAAAUAUAAGAGGGGUUUGAGAAAUGGGCCCAAAGCCCUUAAGCCCGUUCCAGUGAUUGUCCGAUGCAGGUGCUGCGGGCGAGUGAAGCUGCCCCACUUCUACUGUUGCAGCGGAGAGAGAGGGAACGCCGGGGACUCGAGCUCAUAAACGCUAUGGUUUCAACCGCUUGAGUCUGCACAUUCAAGCUGUGGCUGCACCUCAUAAUACGAUGGAAAUCCCCAGAUAUCACUUCUUGUAUUCUGCUUCUGCUCUCUUCGCGAGCAGUAAUCAUCCAUGUAGACUUUAGUUUGAAUUUGAUGAUUGACGUGUGGAACUUAGUGCUGGUCCUGCCAUGAGUGGGUGUUCUCUGAGAUCAGUGAUCUCUGUCGCUACCUUACAGUAGAACACACUGUUUCCUAUAUCGAAAUAAAAAGGUAAAAGUAGCAUGUCUUUGUUUU